AUGGGAAAAACUUCGGAUUCGAUUAUUGUGGCAGUUCGAGUUCGCCCGUUCAAUGAGCGGGAACAAAAAAGGAAUUGUAAAUUGGCAAUUGAAAUGCCCGACGAGCAGACUACAGUAAUCCGUGACCCGAAGACGAAUGAGGAAAAACGGUUUACCUAUGAUCAUUCUUAUUGGUCACAUGAUGGAUUUGAGGAGCAGAAAAAUGGAUAUUUUUCACCGACUAAUGCACAUUAUGCGGAUCAGGUGGGAAAAAAGUCGAAAUCGCUUUCAAAGCAGCAGACCAAUUGGUCUGCUCGUUUAUUUCUCUGCGCUCUCAAAGCAGCAGACCAAUUGGUCUGCUCGUUUAUUUCUCUGCGCUCUCAAAGCAGCAGACCAAUUGGUCUGCUCGUUUAUUUCUCUGCGCUCUCAAAGCAGCAGACCAAAUGGUCUGCUCGUUUAUUUCUCUGCGCUCUCAAAGCAGCAGACCAAUUGGUCUGCUCGUUUAUUUCUCUGCGCUCUCAAAGCAGCAGACCAAAUGGUCUGCUCGUUUAUUUCUCUGCGCUCUCAAAGCAGCAGACCAAAUGGUCUGCUCGUUUAUUUCUCUGCGCUCUCAAAGCAGCAGACCAAAUGGUCUGCUCGUUUAUUUCUCUGCGCUCUCAAAGCAGCAGACCAAAUGGUCUGCUCGUUUAUUUCUCUGCGCUCUCAAAGCAGCAGACCAAUUGGUCUGCUCGUUUAUUUCUCUGCGCUCUCAAAGCAGCAGACCAAAUGGUCUGCUCGUUUAUUUCUCUGCGCUCUCAAAGCAGCAGACCAAAUGGUCUGCUCGUUUAUUUCUCUGCGCUCUCAAAGCAGCAGACCAAAUGGUCUGCUCGUUUAUUUCUCUGCGCUCUCUCUAAUCAGCAGACCAAAUGGUCUGCUAGUUUAUUUCUCUGCGCUCUCUAAACAGCAGACCAAAUGGUCUGCUCGUUUAUUUCUCUGCGCUCUCUCUAAUCAGCAGACCAAAUGGUCUGCUCGUUUAUUUCUCUGCGCUCUCAAAGCAGCAGACCAAAUGGUCUGCUCGUUUAUUUCUCUGCGCUCUCAAAGCAGCAGACCAAAUGGUCUGCUCGUUUAUUUCUCUGCGCUCUCAAAGCAGCAGACCAAAUGGUCUGCUCGUUUAUUUCUCUGCGCUCUCAAAGCAGCAGACCAAAUGGUCUGCUCGUUUAUUUCUCUGCGCUCUCAAAGCAGCAGACCAAAUGGUCUGCUCGUUUAUUUCUCUGCGCUCUCAAAGCAGCAGACCAAAUGGUCUGCUCGUUUAUUUCUCUGCGCUCUCAAAGCAGCAGACCAAAUGGUCUGCUCGUUUAUUUCUCUGCGCUCUCAAAGCAGCAGACCAAUUGGUCUGCUCGUUUAUUUCUCUGCGCUCUCAAAGCAGCAGACCAAAUGGUCUGCUCGUUUAUUUCUCUGCGCUCUCAAAGCAGCAGACCAAAUGGUCUGCUCGUUUAUUUCUCUGCGCUCUCAAAGCAGCAGACCAAAUGGUCUGCUCGUUUAUUUCUCUGCGCUCUCAAAGCAGCAGACCAAUUGGUCUGCUCGUUUAUUUCUCUGCGCUCUCAAAGCAGCAGACCAAAUGGUCUGCUCGUUUAUUUCUCUGCGCUCUCAAAGCAGCAGACCAAAUGGUCUGCUCGUUUAUUUCUCUGCGCUCUCAAAGCAGCAGACCAAAUGGUCUGCUCGUUUAUUUCUCUGCGCUCUCAAAGCAGCAGACCAAAUGGUCUGCUCGUUUAUUUCUCUGCGCUCUCAAAGCAGCAGACCAUUUGGUCUGCUCGUUUAUUUCUCUGCGCUCUCAAAGCAGCAGACCAAAUGGUCUGCUCGUUUAUUUCUCUGCGCUCUCAAAGCAGCAGACCAAAUGGUCUGCUCGUUUAUUUCUCUGCGCUCUCAAAGCAGCAGACCAAAUGGUCUGCUCGUUUAUUUCUCUGCGCUCUCAAAGCAGCAGACCAAAUGGUCUGCUCGUUUAUUUCUCUGCGCUCUCUAAUCAGCAGACCAUUUGGUCUGCUAUACAAUUUGUUUCACAUUUAUUUUUGCAGAAAAGAGUGUUCGAAGAUUUGGGUCGCGGAGUUUUGGCAAACGCAUGGGCCGGCUACAAUUGCUCACUUUUUGCCUACGGUCAAACUGGAAGUGGGAAAAGUUAUUCAAUUGUUGGUUUUAAAAAUAACAAGGGAAUUGUGCCAAUUGUUUGUGAGGAGCUUUUCAAACAAAUUCAGGAAAAAUCCGGUAAAAAAUCGAAUGCAAAUGCGAGUUUUGAAGUUUUCAUUUCAAUGUUGGAAAUUUAUUGCGAGAAAGUCAGGGAUUUAUUAACUACUGUAGCACCGCCAAAAGGUGGAUUGAAAGUUAGAGAACAUCCGAAAAAUGGGUUUUAUGGUGAGUAAUAAUACACAGAAUGUAAUUUACUACCCGAAAAAUUUCGCGCAUUUUUUGAGACCUGACACGAUCUUAGGGGCGGGACUAAAAUCGACUGAAUUCAACGCAAAAACGAGAGAUUUAGAGAAAAAUGAUUUUUGAUCUACCCAAAAAUUGAUGAAACAUUUGAGGUCUAGCGAUUUGAGGUAGUAAAUUACACCCUGUGUAAUAGGCUUGGAAAAAUUUGAAAAUCUUGAAAUCUAUCAAUUUUUGCAGUGGAGAACCUCACAACAGUCCCUGUGGCUUCAUUCAAAGAAAUCGAGGCAAAAAUCGAAGAAGGCACAAAAAAUCGAACAAUUGCGGCAACUCAAAUGAAUGCAACAAGUAGUCGAGCACAUACUAUUGUAAAAAUCACAUUCGCCCAAAAAUCCGGCAAAAAUUCGGGGACAAGCAUGAAAAAAUCCGAAAUUAAUUUGGUGGAUUUGGCGGGAAGGUGAGAAGGGGACUAGGUUUUGCAUGGCCUAGAAAAUUGACAGGUUUCUCGGCCGCGCAAUCACUUUUCUUUUUGUUUUGCGCUCCUGAAGAAAAUAAAGCAGAAAAUGUUUUUAUUUUUCACGUCAAAACGUGGCUUACCCUCAUUUCAAGCCAAAAAAUUGUCAUUUCAAGCGUAUUCUUUUGCAGCGAACGUCAAUCAGCCGCCGGAACAGAAGGAGAUCGUUUGAAAGAGGGAAUUGUGAUCAAUCAAUCGCUAACAACUUUGGGAAGAGUGAUAAAAGCACUACAUGAUCAGCAAAAAUCGAAGGGAUCCAAAAAAUCGACGCAAAUUCCGUAUCGAGAUUCGGUGCUGACUUGUUUGCUGAAAAAUGCGUUGGGUGGAAAUAGCAAGACUAUUAUGGUGCGGUUUUUCAAAAAUUGAGAACUCGGAUGAGAAAAUUGAAAAGCAGACCAAAUGGUCUGCUGUUUUGCAAGGAAAGAAACCGAGCAGACCAUUUGAUCUGCUAUUUCGCAAGCAAAAAACCGAGCAGACCAUUUGGUCUGCUGUUUUGCAAGCAGAAAAACAAGCAGACCAUUUGGUCUGCUGUUUUGCAAGCAAAAAACCGAGCAGACCAUUUGGUCUGCUGUUUUGCAAGGAAAAAACCGAGCAGACCAUUUGGUCUGCUGUUUCGCAAGGAAAAAACCGAGCAGACCAUUUGGUCUGCUGUUUUGCAAGCAAAAAAACGAGCAGACCAUUUGGUCUGCUGUUUUGCAAGCAAAAAAACGAGCAGACCAUAUGGUCUGCUGUUUUGCAAGAUUUCAAUCAAAAUCAAUCUCAAAAAUUACAGAUUGCUGCGAUUUCUCCAGCCGAUAUAAACUAUGAGGAAACCCUAUCAACCCUGCGAUUCGCAGAUCGUGCAAAAUCCAUAAAAACCAACGCAGUCAUCAACGAAAACCAAACCGAAAAAGCGAUGCGCGAGUUGCGCGAAGAAAAUGCGCGACUUCAAAAUCAAAUGGGCGGCGAUGCGUCGCAAGAGGAAAUCGAGAAAUUGCGACAAUUAUUAGCGCAAAAUCAAAAAGAAAUGGAGGAAAUGGAGAAGAGUUGGCAGCAAAAAAUCGCGGAAGAAGCGGCAAAACAUGCGGGAGGAGCGGCGGAAAAAGCGGAAAUUGAAAAGAAGAAGGCGAAAAUGUGCCAUUUGUGGAAUUUGAAUGAGGAUCCAGCGUUGACUAAUGUUAUUGUGCAUUUCAUUCCGGAUGGGGAAACUGUUGUUGGUGAGAUUUUUUGCAAAAAACAAAUCUGACACAAAGCAAAAUUUGAAAAAAAUCCCAUUUUUUCUAGGAAAUAAGCCGACAAGUUCUGGUAACUUCAUACAAAUGUCCGGUUUAUCAAUUCUUCCUCAACACGUUCUUCUAAAAAACGACAAAAACAAUCAAGUUAGCCUAACUCCACUCAAUGAAGAUGUCGAUAUUCUAAUCAACGGAAAAAGUAUACAUGGUGAAGUGCAACUUCAACAAAAUGAUCGUGUAUUUUUUGGCGGCAAUCAUUUGUAUGUUUUCAAUAAUCCGACGAAAAAAGGCACAAAAACUGAUAUAACUUAUGAUAUGGCACAAUCGGAAAUUGCACAAACACAUGCACAGAUUUUCAAUAAUAAAAAUGGUGUGAGAAAUGGGGAAAAUAGUCGAGAUAUGAUUUUGGAGGAGGAAUUAAUGUCGACUUUGCCGUUGGUGCAAAGAGCAAAUGCGAUGGCUGGAGAAUUAGGGUAGGGAAAACGAUGCUCCGCGUUUACACGAUGAAAAUUGGGUAAAAAUCACUUUUUUCAGAAGAAACGUGAAGUUUGAAAUCGUGCUCGUCUCCCCGGAAAUGCGUGGAUUAUCCGAAGGCUUGACUGAAAUCUGGAUAAAAGUUCAUAAUAUUUCGGAAGACACCUAUUUUAUAUGGGAAAAAUCGCGAUUUAUGAAUCGAUAUUAUGGAAUGCAAGAAAUGUAUGAAGCGAAAAUCGAUGGAUCUGAUGAUUGGAAUAUGCCAAAAGAACGAGAUCCAUUCUAUGAACCACCAGAUUCGCCGGUUUUUAUUGCAAGUUGUGUUGUUUUCUUGCAAUCACUGGCUUAUUUGAUUGAUGUUGAAGAGCAAUUUCCGAUUGUUGAUUUGUCUGGUGAGCAAAUUUAUGAGUGUUUGGUCUGCUGAAACAGCAGACCAAAUGGUCUGCUCAUUUAUUUCUCUGGGCUCUCUAAUCAGCAGACCAAAUGGUCUGCUCAUUUAUUUCUCUGGGCUCUCUAAUCAGCAGACCAAAUGGUCUGCUCGUUUAUUUCUCUGCGCUCUCCAAUCAGCAGACCAAAUGGUCUGCUCGUUUAUUUCUCUGCGAUUUCUAAUCAGCAGACCAAAUGGUCUGCUCGUUUAUUUCUCUGCGCUCUCCAAACAGCAGACACUAGUUUUAUUGAAUUCUCUAGACAGAUUCCUAAUUUUCCACCAAAAUCAAUUUGAAAAAUAAUUUCAGGUCAAGAAAUCGGUCUGUUAACAGUUGGACUAUCUCCAUGUUCAACAAACGGAAAAGAACUUCGAGGCGAAUACGUCGAAAAUCCACAUCAACUAAUCGGAAAAAAUAUCGCAUUCAAAGUCAAAAUCCUAUCCGCCAUCGGUUUGCCACGUCGAAUUCUAAAAUCCACGUGUAAAUAUCGAUUUUUUGGAGCUAAAAAACAAACGCAAACUUUGACAGUUUCUGGAAAUUCGCCAGCUUAUGGACAUGAAGAAACUUUUCAAUUUAAACCGGUCACCAAAGAAUUGGCGGAUUAUUUGGCGAAUUCGAAUUUGUAUAUUACAUUUUGGGGAACACAGAAACCAAGGAAUUCUGGAGGAAACUCGAGGAAAAAUAGUGUUUCUGGAGCGAGUGUUAGAUCGAGAAAUGUUAGAGAGAUGCCUAGUAAAACGGUGAGAUUUUGGACGAUUUUUUAAAUAAUAACUUUGAUGAAAAAUUAAUCUUUUACAGAAAAGAAUCGAAAAAAUGGUGGCCUCUGCAAAAAUCCGCCGAAAAUCGCACAAUUUCAGUGAAAGCCAUGGAAAAUGUGUUGAGAGGCGAAGAAAUUGA